UGAUAAUAUUCUUCGAUAUAAUCUUGACGUGAUGCAUAUAGAGAAGAAUUUGUUUGAAAAUUGUUAUGGUACACUAUCUGGUUUAGAUGGAAAAUCAAAAGAUAAUUUAGAAGCUCGUAAAGACCUCAAAGAGAUGAACAUUAGGGAGGACCUGCACCCACAAGAAAAACCUUCAGGCAAGUUCUAUUUGCCACCUGCAAGGUUUGCUAUGUCUAAAACUGAGAGACAUGCAUUUUGUAAAGUGCUUCAGGGCAUAAAAGUUCCUGAUGGCUACUCUGGAAACAUAUCGAAAUCUAUAAAUUGUGCUGAAGGGAAACUUAUUGGUCUCAAAACACAGGACUGCCAUGUUCUACUUCAACAGCUCAUGCCUAUUGCUCUAAGGGGCAUUAUUCCAGAUGAUAUCACAGCAGUAAUGUUUGAGUUGUCAGCUUAUUUUAGAGGAAUAUGUUCAAAAGUGCUCCGUUUAGAUGACCUUGACCGCUUGGAACAAUCAAUUAAAGUUACACUAUGCAAAAUGGAGAUGAUAUUUCCUCUUGGAUUUUUUACAGUUAUGGUUCACUUAGCAGUACAUUUAGCAACUGAAUGUAAGUUGGGUGGACCAGUUUGUUAUCGAUGGAUGUACUUCAUCGAAAGGUACCUAUGCAAAUUGAAAUCAUAUGUUCGCAAUAAAGCUCAUCCAGAGGCUUCAAUAGCGAAUUCAUUUUUGGCAGAUGAGUGUAUGGUGUUUUGUUCUAGGUACCUGGAAGGUUUCUCCACAAAGCAUAACAAAUCAUCAAGGAAUGAGGAGAACCAGGAUCAUCAUGAAUCUGACUUAUAUGGAGAAGUUUCCUCUUUGUUUCCUCCUGUAGGAAAACCAUUGGGAAGACCAUCCAGUUUUAUUUUAACUGAUCUAGAGAAACUGCAAGCACAUAGAUAUGUACUAUACAAUUGUGAAGCUGUCAUUCCGUACUUGAAAGAGCAUGCUGCUGAUCUCAAAAGAAGAAAUCGUCAACGUCGUCUAUCUUUGAAACACAUUGAGAAUAUACAGAAUAGAGAGUUUCCGAACUGGUUCAGAGAACAUAUCAUGCAGUUGGAGCAAAAACAUGGUAGCGAUAGCAUCGAUGAGGACAUUAGAUGGCUGGCUCGCGGCCCAUUGGAUGCAGCAAGAAGACAUAGAGCCUUUAGCAUCCGUGGUUUCAGAUUUAGAGCCAAAUGUUAUGACAAGACGACACAAAAUAGUGGGGUUGUUGUGACUGCAAAAACAUCAAGUUAUUCUUCUAGAGGAGAUACUAACCCUAUCCUUGGAGAUAUUACCUACUAUGGCAGGAUACUUAAUAUAGUUGAGUUGGACUAUUAUGGAAGAUUCUCAGUGGUGUUAUUUAAAUGUGAAUGGGUUGAUGUCACUCGAGGAAAGGGAGUGAAAAUAGACAAAUUUGGAUGUACACUUGUGAAUUUCUCACAGCAAAUUCACAAGGGUGAUAGGAUUGAACACGAGCCUUUUGUAUUUGCCAAUCAAGUUGACCAGGUGUUCUAUGUUGAUGAUGACUAUAACAACCCAGGAUGGUCAGUUGCAUUGAAGAUGAAGCCAAGAGAUGUAUUUGAAAUGGGAGAAGAAUGGAAUGAUGUAGAAUGUGAACCUUAUCAUGUUAGUACUCUUGAGGACCUUUUUGCUAAUUCACAUAAUAGUUGUUCAUGGACUAGAAGAGAUGUAGAGGGUACAACUGUACAGGAAAAAGAUGUAGAUCCUAAUAGAAGCUCUGAUGAAGAAGAUUGAUAGCCCAUCAAAAUUAAAGGUCGUGGUCAUCAGGCCUGAUUCUGUUGGCUGAGGGCCACAUCCUGGGCUGGGAACUGUUUUGCUUUAUCAUAUAAAGAAUCUUGUGGUCUAUGGUUUCAUCAGAGUCGGCACCAUCAACUAUCAGAGGCUUGAGUGAUGCGGCUUUGGAUGUUGUAGUAGUUCUCAGUUUCUUUGGUUGCCCAGCUUUAAUGUAUGCCAUAUGGCUUGCGUGUGUUUUGUGCACUCUGAACCUGGAUGAUGUAUGGUUGCUUUGUAAAUAAAGAAGGGGAAACCUUUUUUUCUAAAAAUAAAGAUUUGAGAAU